UCUAUCUUGAGUUAUAAGUUCAUAGCAUGAACAAGAAUAUACACUCAAAGUAGUAUAUCUAGCUAGCAGUACAGAGUACUUGCACUAGAACUAAAGAGAAACCCUAAUUUUUUUUAGCAAUUAGCUGCAGUUCAGUAGCUAUUCAUUGAAUCUAUAUACCGCUCCAUAUAUUUAUACUGAUUGUUGUAGUCAUUAUGUCUAGCAGAAGAUCAUCAUCAACAAGUAGAGGUUCAUCAAGAAUGAUCACAGAGAAUGAGCUUAAUGACUUACUUUUGAAGUUACAAAGAUUAGUACCGGAUCUUCGUCGUAGGAGCUCAAGGGGAUCGAUGUCAAAGACUUUAAAAGAGACAUGCAAUUAUAUAAGCAGCUUACAGAAAGAAGUUGACAACCUAAGUGACAAAAUAUCCGAGUUGAUGUCUUCAAUGGAAAUCACUAGUGUUGAAGCUGAUGCCUUGAGAGGUUUACUUUUGCAGCAGCAUUAGACCCGCAUCUCUCUCAUAAUAAGGUUGCUAGGAGAUUACCAACAUAGAGAUGUAUGUGUUUUAUGAAUUUUUCUUCUUCUUUUCCUUCAGAAUAUAUAGAUUAUAGUAUGUUUUGAGGUUGCUAGGUUCAUGGCAUCCCAAAGUUGGUUAGAGCAUCACCAACUUCGGUGAGAGUGAUAUGUCUUAGAAUAUUUAAUAUUAAAUGCGUUCUUAAC